AUGCCAACAGACACCAGACAGGACUCAGACCCUGUGCUUUCCUAUGGGAUGACACUCUCCUGGGACAUCAAUGAUCCUCAGAUGCCUCAGGAACCAGCCCACUUUGACCACUUCCAGGAGUGGCCGGAUGGCUAUGUGCGUUUCAUCUACAGCAGCCAAGAGAAGAAGGCACAGCGCCACCUGAGCGGCUGGGCUAUGCGCAACACCAACAACCACAAUGGCCACAUCCUCAAGAAGUCUUGCCUGGGUGUCGUGGUGUGCUCCAGCGCAUGCGCCCUGCAGGAUGGCUCACACCUGCAACUGAGGCCAGCCAUUUGUGACAAGGCCAGACUUAAGCAGCAGAACAAAGCUUGCCCCAACUGCCAUUCAGCUCUGGAGUUGAUUCCUUGCCGGGGGCACAGCGGAUAUCCUGUAACCAAUUUCUGGAGGCUUGAUGGCAAUGCAAUAUUUUUUCAGGCCAAGGGCGUUCAUGACCACCCAAGACCGGAGAGUAAAUCAGAGACAGAAGCCAGAAGAAGUGCCCUCAAGAGACAGAUGAGCUCUUUUUACCAACCCCAGAAAAAGAGAACUCAAGACCCUGAGACAAGAGGCAAUCAGGACAGCAAUGGACACUUUAACAGCACACCUCCCCUGGAGUCCACAAAAUUGUCUGAUGUGGCUAAUGAUAUCAGCUGCCUUGUUACAGGGCAGCCAUGCCUUUCCUUCCCAAACUCCAGUGCCUACAGAGCUCCUUGUGACCCCAACUCCUGUCAAGGAGACAUAAUGCCACCCUUUCAGAAAUAUUCAAAUCCAAGGAUCUAUUUGCCUAGGCCACCUUGGAGCUAUGAAUUAGCAGGCCCUGGGGAUACAAGUUCAAGUCCAUACUCCUCCCUGUGUAAAGAUUCCUCCAGUAUCCCUAAUGAUACAGACUGGAUUCAUCUGAACACACUACAAUAUGACAUCAAUCCAUAUAGCAGCUAUGAGAGAAGCUUGGAUUUCACAGGGAAACCUACUCUUGGAAAACCUGGCCUUGGGGAGAGGGCUGAUCAUGGACAGUGCCAGGCUGUGGCCAUGCAUCCUUACUACAACCCAGAGCUACCCUGCAGGUACCUCACAACACCACCAGCAGGUACCCCGGCUCUGCAGACAGUGAUCACCACCACAGUGUCCUACCAAGCCUACCAGUGCCCUGCUCUGAAACACAGCAACAGCAUACAGGAAGUCAGCAGCAUUGCCAAUUGUAACUACGCUUCUGAAAACCUCCCUGUGUCCUUCUAUCCAGAAACCUUGGACCCUCCAGCGGCAGUCACCCAGGCAGCCUCUCCAACAGGGAGAACUCCUCUGAAAGUUCCAGGAGGUUGCUGGACCAUUAGACCCGCUCUAGCUUUUCCUCAAGAGGCAGCUCCCUCGAGGAUGGAUGGAGCAGAUGCAUGGGAUGUGUGUCUGUCUGGGGUGGGCUCUGCAAUCAGUUACUUAGAUAGGGCAGGGCAGUCCAUUAAUUUUGACAAUGAGGACUUUUAG